AUGUCUUCGAGGGAGGUGUUGGACCGGAGUCAACGGACGAAGAUAAACACCGUGGACGAUCGAAACUGGUACUCGCAGCCGAGGCUGUGCACGCACGUCGACGACGAGUUCCUCGCGCAGCUCACGCAGCUGUACCGCGAGCGGAUCCCCGCCGGGGGUAAGGUGCUGGACAUGUGCAGCUCGUGGAUCAGCCACCUGCCGCCGGAGGUGGAGUACUCCGAGGUGGUGGGCCACGGCCUUAACGCGGAGGAGCUCGGGAAGAAUCGCAGGUUGAGCCGCUUCUUCGUCAAGAACCUCAACGAGAACCCGACGUUCGCCGCGGAGGAUCAGACGUACGACGCGGUGCUGUGCUGCGUGAGCGUGCAGUACCUGCAGAGGCCCGAGGAGGUCUUCGCCGAGGUCUACCGCGUGCUCAAGCCCGGAGGCGUGUUCAUCGUGUCAUUCUCCAAUCGGAUGUUCUACGAGAAGGCCAUCUCGGCGUGGCGCGACGGCACCGGAUUCAGCAGGGCGCAGCUGGUGAAGCAGUACUUUCAGUGCGUCAGCGGGUUCACCAAGGCGGAGGUCAUCACGGAGGUUGGCGUGGAGCCCGACGACUCCGUCUUCGGCAAGCUCAAGAGGUUCAUGAAGCGGUCGAGCUCCGAUCCCUUCUACGCGGUGGUGGGGUACAGAAACUACAGGCGCAUCGACGCAUAG